AUGACUUCAAAUUGUUCCGCUGAUGAGGUAGUAAAAGAAGUGAAUACGUGGGCUGAAAAGGAAACAAAUGGCCUCAUCAAAGAUUUACUCUCAUCCGGUUCAGUCGAAGCUACUACUAUUCUUAUCUUCGCUAAUGCAUUGUAUUUUAAAGGAGCCUGGAAGGAUAUAUUCAUGGAAUAUCUGACGAGCGAUGGCGAGUUUUUCCUCGUAAAUGGAAGCUCUAUUCAUGUACCCUUCAUGACCGGCACGAAGAUGCAAUACGCCCGUGCUUUCGAUGGUUUUAAAGUUUUGAGGCGAGAGUACAAACAAGGUGGAGAUUAUAGUCGUAGAUUCUCAAUGUAUUUCUUUCUUCCGGAUGCCAAAGAUGGACUGCCAGCUUUGCUUGAAAAAGUAUGCUCUGAACCGGGAUUCAUCGAAGCCCACAAGCCAGAUCGUCUGGUGUUACUUGGCAAAUUCCGAGUUCCAAAAUUUAAAAUAGAUUUUCAAUUUGAGGUUUCCGAUGUUCUCAAGGGGCUUGGGGUGGUGCUCAAUACGCCACUGGUGGUGCUUCCUUUUUGUCGGGGUGGUCUCACGGAGAUGGUGGGCUCGAGUAUUGAUGGGGAGAGCCUCUUUGUUUCUGGAAUGUUCCAGAAAGCGUUUAUCGAAGUGAAUGAGAAAGGCACCGAAGCUGCAGCCGUUUCACAUGUGCGCGGUGGUGGCUAUUAUGAGGUUGAGUUGGAUUUUGUGGCUGAUCAUCCUUUCCUAUUUGUUAUUAGAGAAGAUGUGAGUGCGGUUGUUCUCUUCAUCGGCCAGUUACUUAAUCCGCUAGCUUAG